AUGAUCAAAUUAAACCCCGCCCCGCCCGCGGCGCCGCCCCGCGCAUGCGCGCCACAGGCCCAGGCAGCCGGAGCGGCGGCUGCGGCGGCGCUGGAGGCGGCAGCGGAGAAUGAGGACGAGCGGGGCGGCGGCGGGCGCGUCCCGGUGGGGCUGUGCGUGCUGUGCGGGCUGCCGGCGGCCGGCAAGUCCACUCUGGCCCGCGGGCUGCGCCGCCGCCUGCCGCAGCGGCCGGGCUGGGCCUGCGCCAUCCUCACCUACGACGAGCUCAUCCCUCCGGAGGCCUUCCGCCCGCGGGAGGCGGACCCAGCGCUGCCCGACUGGAAGCAGAGCCGGCGGGAGCUGCUGCAGUGCCUGGAGCGCUUCCUGCGGGCGCUGCUCACCGGGGACCCGCUGCCAGCCCUCGGCCCUGCCAGCCAGCCUGCCUGGGAGCGCUUCCUGGCCGCCUGCCGCCGGCAAGGGCUGCUGUGCUCCGCGGAGGGCGGAGAUGGCCGGUACUGCGCGCACACAGCCGGGUCCGGGCCGCUCUACAUCAUCCUGGAUGACAACUUCUAUUACCAGAGCAUGAGAUACGAGGUGUUCCAGCUGGCUCGUAAAUAUUCCUUGAGCUACUGCCAGAUAUUUUUAGAGUCUCCACUUGAAUGCUGCUUGCAGAGAAAUCGGCUGAGGAGUCAUCCCUUACCUGACCAGACAAUACAUUUAAUGGCAAGCAAAAUAGAAAUGCCAGAUCUGAAGAAAAACGCUUGGGAACAAAACAGCCUCAUCCUGAAAAGUUCUGACUGCCCUUUGGAGGAGAAUGAGCAGAUCAUCAAUUUGCUGGCUGCUGCCUUGGAAAAUCCAGUGAAGCAAAAUGAGGAAAACACUGAGCAAAAGGAGGCUGAUCGAGCCAUCUGUGCGGCCAGUGCUGUCCAUCAGGCUGACCAGACCUGCAGACGACUCAUCUCUCAGGCAAUGAAGGAGGCCAGAGCUAAAAACAUCCUGCCGAGUGAGCUGAAGAGCCUGGCAGAAGAACUCAACAAACUCAAAGCAGAGUUUUUGGAAGACUUGAGGCAAGGAAAUCAUUUGAAAAGCAAACUUUCUGUACGAAAUCAAAGUUCUGACCCUGCUACAUCUGUAAUUUCUUUGUUCCAAUUGGAGGCAGCCAAUAUAGUUAAUAAAUACACUUUAAAAUAAU